AUGAACAGUAGUCUUAAAUUUAGUUGAUUAAGUGAGCUAAAUUCAUCCAAUUUAGAUUUAUAUCGUUUCAUUAGGUCUUAUAUUUUUAAUUAUUAUAGAUAUUGAAAAAUAACAAUAAUGGGAUCUACCAUUCUCAUUCUAACUAAAAGGAGCAACAUAGAUAAAUAAAUACCUAUUUAAAUAUUAAUUGAAUAAAAUAAACAAUCUAUCCACUCUACUUAUGAUUUCCUAAAUUGAAAAAAAAGAUGUUAAAAAAUCAUUAAUAAACAAUAUUGAUUGUAAUAAUAAAAGAAGAGAAAAAGUGUUUAACCAAGCUCAAAUUCUUUAGAAUAAUUUUUUUCUGAAAAAUUCUGAGCCAAAUAAUUAUUUAUAAAUGAUAUUUAUUUUUUCAUUGUAAUAAAAUAAAUGUCAUAAAAAAAACAAAGUAGAUAAAAUCAAAUCAAAUAGCCAAUACAACAAAUAAAAACCCAAAUGACAGAAGCUGAAAAUUCUAUUUUAGUACAAUAAGAAGGUAAUAUAAAGCCAGAAGAAUUUGUAAAUUGUAUUUUAAAUUAUAGCCUUUAAAUUCUACUAAGAAAUAAGGCAAUGAAUCACAUAAGGACAAAGAAUAAAAAGCUUAAUUUUCAAUUUUUAAAUAUUUAAAACCAACUCCUGAUCCUGCUUUAGUUUGGGAACCUCAUUAAAAUAAAAAUUUGAUUAGUGAACUAUAAGAAUUAAUAGAAAAUCGCUUUAACGAGGUUAAGAGAAGCUCAAGCAUAUAUAAAUAUUAUGCUAAAAUAGGAUUUCAAGUUUUUAUAUAUCUAUUAAAUAUACUUGAACUUAUCUUUACAUUAGUUUACGAUUCAUAUAAUGAAUUAUGGUCAUAUUUUAAGCUCUGUUAUAUUAUUUCUAUACUUUUUUGUGUUUUACUUCAUUGUGGAGUCUGGAUGUACACAUAUAAAUUCAGGGAAGUUGAAAAACAAAACAUUUGUAUUGAUAUUUUGAACUAUAUAUACUAUUUGUUUAUGGGAGCAUUAAGUUAUUUUAAAUUAGCUCCUUUUAUUUAUUAUUUCAAAAGAGAUAAAUCAAUUAAAUAGUUUUCAUUUAGUGAAAUUAAUAAAUACUUGUAAUUAAGUGGAGAAGAUAAAUUUAGAAAUCCAUGUAUGCUUUUUAAAAAAAGAACAAAACCUGUAAAUAUAUUUAGGGAUUUAAUAUUCCACAGAGUUGCUCUAGUCUCAAUGAUGAUUACAAUGACAAUUUAAACUAUUCCAUAAAUCUUUAUAUAAGGCUUUUAUAACACAGUAGCAGAAAAAUGGGAUGGAUUUAAUGUGAUUAGUUUUUUAUUAUUAAUAAGUAAUUUAAUCUAUUACUUUAUGGAAUUAUAAUUUAUUGUAUUCACUACAACCUAUAGAUAAAUGCAAACAGAACUUUAAUUUAAAUUGAAGAAAAUCAAAUUAAAAUUUAUUUAAGAAACUAAAUAACUAUUAAAAGCUGAUGUAAAAUAUAUUGGAUUUGUUUAAUCUUUUUAUUUUCAUAUUGAUUCAAGUAAAUUCAGUUCUUAUUAAAAGAAAAGAUGUAUGAUUUAAAUAAUAAGUUUCUUAAUGAAGUAGAAAAAAUAUAAAAAUAUAGAAUUUCAUUUUAUUGAUUAAUAUGAUGAUGUUACAUUGUAAUAUUUAGCUAAUUGCUUUAAAUUGAUUAAAGUAGAAAAAAUAAGUCUUUUAUAUCAUGAUGAAAAUUGUGAAGCAUUUUUGUAGAAUACUUUUAAAAAUAUUCCAAAUUUAACCCUUUCAAUUUAAAAUGAAGUAAAUUUUGAUUAAUUAUGGAAUAAUGAUUUAAUUGAUCUGAAUGCAACAGAGGAGAAAGUAACAAAAAUAUAAUUUAUUGAAAAUCCAAAAAUUACUACUGGUUACUAAGCAUUACAAUUAAACUAGUUUAUGAAAAAUAAUUAAAUAUAAAUUUCUCCAGAAUUUUAAGCUCUAAUGUCAAUUUACUAAAGAGGAUCAACCUUUAAUAGAGGAAUUAGUAAUGGGGCUAUCAAUUAAUCGUAGAUAAUUGAUUAUAUUUCACAAGGUAACCUAGAAACAUCUUAAGAUAUUAUUGAUGAAGCAUAAACUCAAAUUGCUAAAAUAACUAAAAGAACUUUAUUUGAAGAAUCUUUUGGAAGUAUUUAAUUAUUGAUGAUUUUAUACGAUUAUUAUGAAGCCUGGAACAAAUUGAAUUCAUUUUAAGCAACUAUUCAAUCUAUUUGGUCAUUUUUUAAUGGAUUCUUAUAAAUUAUUUCUCUUGUCUAUUUAAAUAAUGGAGAUGAUAUAUUUAUAUAUGCAUUAAUAGUUUUAACAAUUGUUAAUCCAGUAUUGUAAAUGGUAUCAUUUGCAGUAUUUUAACAACGUGUAUUUAAAGAUUUUUCAACUUUAAAAUAAAUAUCUUUUAUUCUAUUAUUUGCAAUAUUUAACUUUUUUAAGAUUUGGGAUAUUGUAAUGAUUUGUUUAUAUUUAUGUGUAUAGGAAUUUACUGAUGUCGUAAAAAGAGAUUUUAGUUCUGUUGGAUACAUAAAGUUCAAAAGUUAUGCUUCAAAAUUUUAAGGCAGUUUAGCUACUUAAGUAUUUAAUUAUGAAACUGUUUAAAUUGAUUCCAAGAAAAUUUUUUAAAUUAAGAGUUAGCCAUUUUAUGAGGCUGUAAUGUGGAGAACAAAUGUUGAAGAAGCUUUAAAUAAAAUUCCUUAGUUUUUUGUAUAUAUAUUAUCUCUAUUUAUGAACUAAUUGAAUAUAAUAUGGGUUAUGUCUUUCAUUCAAUAGCUAAAAGAAAGUAUAGAGGCAAUAAAAAAUAUACUAGAAGUUGUUAUUAAAGACUAUUUGAUUCCAGCUUUAAUUUUAGGAUCAGUUUCAAUUGAUUCAUUUUUUUAAUCUAUGUUGUAUUUGAGCUCAAUAUCAAAUUAAAUAUUAUUGGAAUAUCCUAAAUCUUUCUAGAUUAUUUCAAAAGUAUAAGAAUAAUAUUUAAGAGAAAAAUUAACUUUUAAAAUUAAUUUGAAAACUUUAAAUUUUUCUAAUUAUAAAGAAUUAAAAAAGCAAAAAAUGUUAGCUUAAUUUAGGUAUGUGCUUGCAAAAAUUCAAAAUAUUUUAGAAAUUGAUUAAGCUUAAAGUCUUUUUUCUAUGGGAUCUGAAUUAAAUGAUUUAAUAAGAUGUUUAAAAGUCAGUCAAAUAUUUUAAUUAAAAUUGAAUUUCUAUUUUGACGAAAUAGUUCCUGCCAUAAUUCCUUAUGUUAAUACAUUUAUUAAUAAUUGCCCAAAAUAAUUACAAUUCUUAUAAAUUUAAGUAGAAGCUACUAAUGUAUAAUAAAUGAAAAUUGUUGUUGAAAGAAAAGAUGUUUUAACAGCCUUUUCUUAUUCAUUUUUCUAAAUUCUAUAAUAAUACAAAGAUAAUUCUAGAGUAUUUGAAUAAUAAAAUUUGAAUAUUGAUAAGGUUUUUUUAAAUUUAGAUCGUUACAAUUUUGAUUAAUUUUAUUUUGAAGUUUCUGGUCUUAUAUUAAAAAAUUGUCAUUAACUAUUUGAAUAAUUCACUUAAUUGAAAGUUUUCAAAGCAUCUAUUCUAAAUAAUACAGCCAUAUAGACUUUUGAAUUUUCUAGUAAUUUAAAAAGUAAACAAUUAGAGAUUCUGGAUAUUACUUUUGAAAAUAUUUUAUUAGAUUUUUAAGAAUUCCCUUUUAAUAAUCUCAAUUGUUUAAUUGUUUAAUUGUUUAAUAAGUAUAACAUCCUUCUAAAAAAAAUAGCUUAAUCUUCUUCAUUGUUUUCUUUAUUUAUAAAAAUUUUACUUAAGGGGUAUGCAAUUAGGAUUCAGCAUCAGCUCAACUAAUAAAAUUUUCUAAUUUUUAUAGUUGAGCUGAUGUUGAAUAUAUAAUAUAUAAAUGGAUUUAUCACAUUAGCAAAUAAUAUUUUAUGGUGA